AUGUCUGCACAUCGAGAACGGCGGCGUCACCGGGAACGGAGCGCUGGUGAAGGCCAAGCGCCUCAUUCUCGCCAGCACCCGCCGCCUUGGCCGUCUAGUCCGGAGAAGGAGGUGGAGAGGGACGUUUUCCUGUUCCGAGCCUACAUCGCCCAGAGAAAAUACGGUGUUGUCCUGGAUGAAAUCAAAGCCAGUGCGAGCCCUGAGCUCCAAGCAGUGAGGAUGUUUGCAGAAUAUCUCUCCAAUGAGAGUCAAAGGGAUGCAAUCAUUGCCGAUUUGGACAAGAAAAUGGCAAAAAGUGUUGAUGUAGCCAAUACUACUUUCUUGCUGAUGGCUGCUUCCAUCUAUUUCCACGACAAAAAUCCUGACGCAGCUCUGCGUACCCUGCAUCAAGGGGAGAGCCUGGAAUGCAUGGCCAUGAUGAUACAGAUCCUUCUGAAGCUCGACAGGCUCGAUCUGGCCCGCAAGGAGCUUAAGAAAAUGCAGGAGCAAGACGAGGAUGCGACUCUUACUCAGCUGGCCACUGCCUGGGUGAACCUGGCCGUAGGCGGUGAGAAGCUGCAAGAUGCCUAUUACAUCUUCCAAGAGAUGGCAGACAAAUGCUCCUCCACCCUCCUCCUGCUUAACGGACAAGCAGCCUGCUACAUGGCGCAGGGCAAGUGGGACGAUUCGGAGGGAGUGCUUCAGGAGGCGCUGGACAAGGACAGCGGCCAUCCUGAGACCCUGAUCAACCUUGUCGUCCUGUCACAGCACUUGGGCAAACCACCAGAGGUUACGAAUCGCUAUUUGUCCCAGUUGAAAGACGCGCAUAAAAAUCAUCCGUUCAUAAAGGAGUAUCAGGCAAAGGAGAACGACUUUGACCGGCUGGCCAUGCAGUAUGCCCCCAGCGCGUGAGGAGAGGGGAGCGAGCCUGCCGACCUGCUCUGCGGUCCCUUGGGGACCACGGCUGAUACGCAAAGCCUCGCUGUUAACAUGGGAAAAUGCCCUCUGCACGUCGGUCUGGCUUAACUCACGGUGGCGGGGUCCUGCGGUCCAGCAAGCGGGUGCUAACGCUGCGUGUAACACACAGCCACUUGAUCCUGGUGGCUGGAGAGCCCGUGUUCUGGCGUACCUGGGUCCUGAACUCGGUUUAAAAUACAGUGUGAAUCCAGAGUGUGCAACACUGUACCUUACACAUUCCCAAUAAAGCCUUUUCUGGA